UUGGGCGUGAUUGUUCGUGAGCCUUUUUUCGUGAUCCCGGACGAGGGCUUGGACGCCGUCGGUUUGGAAGGCUUUUUGACCUGGCCUUGCGCCAUAUUGCAGGUUUGGUGAUGCAAAAGCCACCACUUACACUGACAAUUUCCUAUGUCAGCGACGUUAUCACUGUGGAAAUAAAUCUGAGAUGGCGCAGUCUGAGGCGAACACGAGGGAGUGGUUCUCAGUCAACCCCAAUUUAGAGGGUUGGCACUGGGAAGCUAGUUCUCUAGUGCUCACUAAUUAUCACAGCAUCAAAAAGCCUCUAUUCUUGUCUGUGUUCCAGACUUCCCGCUUGCAGCAGCCCUGCUUCCCCGUUAUUACACUAGUCCUUACCAUUCUACUAUCAAGGCGCAUACCUAGGUACAUUUCGGCAACAUGGGAUAUCAGUCUGGCAGCGUUUUGUCGCUCGCGAUCAGGCACAACCUCCCCGGCUCUUGUUCUGGCCCCGAAAUCGCGUCUGAGAAGUUCACAAAUCCUCCCUGUGUCGCCCGGGUCGAGUCAUGUCGCCAUGUCGCCAUAUCGCUUCUCGACUCGACGAGGGUUCAAAGCAAUGAGCAUGCAACCGACAGCUUCUCGGGUCCUAGACCACUAUCUACCACCUCGUCUGUACUGUGUAGUUCCAGGUCGGGCCGUCUCGGAGCACGCCACUACCAGGUACCCUUGCCAUGUGCCAUUGGGCAGGUUAACACAAGCAGACCUCAUGGCUGGUCUGACUACCUAGCCAAGGACAAACUCUGCUGCAGGAGUCCUUUACUGCUCGAACAUGGUUUGUUCGCUCCUGGGCAUGGCUGUACCUUCCAAGUAGGAGGAUACCGCCGCCACGAGCCUCAACAGCAGUAUAAUCAGGGACACUAUUGGCAAUGGCGCAUCGGCUCCAAGAUUCAGUCCAUUCACGUCUGCCAUUUCCCGAAGCUAAGACCUAGGUCCAAACGACAGGAGGUUAUCCUUGCGUGGCGAGGACUUAGCGGCAGGAAUAUCCUGGCUUCAACGAGGGUCCUCUUCACCUCAACGGGUUGUGGUAUGCAGAUGCUCGCCCUACGUUAGUGAGGCACGUUCUGCUGUCCGAAUUUCAUGACCAGACCCUUCUAGCACGAGACUGAAAUUUUUGCCAGUCUCAACCUCUUCCCUCUUCUUGUUUUCUUCUGCAAAUACGGCUCUGAAUAUUUUCUUUUCUUUUCAUCGUGGAAGUUGGUUUCAGUUGGAUUAGCAAAGUGUGACCUGAUCAAGAUGGACGCUGCGAAGUCUCACGACUCAUCGCACUCGGCGCGAGAGCUUAACUCUUUUGAUGGCAUUGAGGAUGAAGGUGGUCACUACAACGAUGUCGGUAUUCUGGACAAGGGAUACACGUCCAAAGACCAAAGGGACAUGCAACGUAUGGGCAAACGUCAAGAACUGAUACGGAAUUUCCGUCCUUUGUCUGCUCUGGCCUUUACUGCUCUGCUCCAAGCAACAUGGGAAUUUACCUUGAUCGCAAAUACUCAGGUCCUCGUCUGUGGAGGUCUUGCCGGGUUCUUCUGGACGUACGUUUGGACCUUCUUCGGGUUCGGUAUUGUCAUGACUUCUCUCGCCGAGAUGGCCUCUAUGUGCCCGACAAGCGGUGGACAAUACCAUUGGGUCUCGGAAUUUGCUCCUCCAGAAUAUCAGAAGGGCCUCAGCUAUCUCACCGGGUGGAUGUCGACCUUGUCCUGGCAGGCGGGCACUGCAUCGGGGUCGUUUCUGACAGGAACCAUCAUCCAGGCACUUAUCCAGAUUAACAACCCUGACUAUGAACCCAAAGCAUGGCAAGGAACGUUGCUGGUAUUUGCUAUGGUGCUUGUGCUCUGGUUUGCCAACACUUAUGGAGCUCGGGACCUGCCGCUGGUUCAAAAUGUCCUGCUCAUAGUCCACGUCUUUGCAUUCUUGGCCACAAUCAUUGUUCUGUGGGUGAUGGCUCCUCGGAACUCGGCCGAGGUCGCCUUCACCCAAUUUACCAACAAUGGCGGGUGGUCAACAAUGGGCCUUGCCUUAAUGGUCGGUCAAAUCUCAGUCAUCUACGGCUCCCUUUGCUCCGACUGCACGGCCCACAUGGCCGAAGAGGUCAAGGACGCGGGCCGCAACGUUCCCAACGCCAUGUUCUGGGCGUAUGUCUCGAACGGAAUCUUGGGCUUUAUCUUGGUCAUCACCUACAACUUCACCAUGACCGAUGUCGAUUCCGCUCUUGACGAUCCCACAGGAUACCCUUUUAUCUGGCUUUUCAAGCAGGCCGUGUCACUCCGUGGCGUCAACGCGCUCACAAUCAUCAUCCUUAUCCUCGUCAUCGCGUCCAACAUUUCGUUCAACGCAUCGACUUCAAGACAGACAUUCGCCUUUGCGCGUGACCAUGGGCUGCCGUUCUCCCGCUGGCUCGGCACCGUUCAUCCGAAAUUGCACAUUCCUCAGAACGCCGUGACAGUGACUUGCAUUUGCAGCUGUCUGUUGGCUCUCAUCAACAUCGGCAGCGAGACCGCCUUCAAUGCAAUCAUCUCCUUGCAGGUGUGCGCCCUCAUGUUCAGUUACACCAUCUCCAUUUCUUGUGUUCUUUAUCGUCGACUAUAUUAUCCGGAGCUGCUUCCCAAGGCCCGCUGGAGCUUGGGCAAGCUGGGUAUCCCUAUCAACGCCAUCGGCAUUGUCUAUUCCAUCUUCGCCUUCUUCUGGAGCUUCUGGCCUAAUGAGACGCCUGUCGAUGCCGAAACCUUCAACUGGGCCAUCGUUCUUUUCUUCAGCACAAUGAUCAUCUGUGGGGUAUUGUAUUUGGUCCGUGGCCGGAAGGUCUAUACUGGUCCUGUGGUGACUGUCAAGCAUGAUGUAUAUUGAUUGAUGUCACUCUUUGGACGGAGAAGCUCGGCUCGCUGUGCGCUUGCGACCGAUAUCGAUUGUCAUGUCUCCCCAAGGACAGAAGAUAUCAAGUGCCUGAUAGUCUAAGGGUUGCGGUCCAGCUCCCGAAAAGAAUCCAAAAGCUGGCAUUGAUCAGCAAAAGCACGCCCACAGUCUACCAUCACAUCAUCUUUGUGGCUCUUGACACAGCGGAAUGAGAAUGAUGCAGGCGCUGCUAGUCAAUAGCAAAAGUAUAUAAAUAGACCAAAAUGACCCAAAAGGCGCAAAUACUAGUAUAUUCGUUUGAAAUACAUCACAACAUUUUCAGACACGCCAGGGUUGACAAACUGGCACUGGAAAGGGAAAGUGCCCUCCUGUUACUGUCUUGUCAGCAAAUGAUAUCUCACACUACUUCCCCCCGAUAUUGAAGCGAUGUU